AUGCCCAAGGACUCUGCCCAUGAGUCUUCUCUAGAUGAUAAUUUGUUAGAAAAUGAGAAUGGCUCGUCAGGAGAUGCUUUCGCACUCUCAAGCUUCGAGCGUGGAUUGCCCAUUAAGAACGAACAAAAUCGAGAAUCGAGCUUUGAUAUUGCAGAGAUUACGCACUCCUUUUUGGCAGACGAAGAAUCCAAAUCAGGGAUUUUGAUGGCGUUUAUGAAUAUGGCUAAUAGCAUUCUAGGAGCAGGUGUUAUCGGACAGCCCCUAGCUGUCAAGAACUGUGGAUUAGUCGGCGGAUUUCUAGCAGUUGUGCUUCUUUCAGGCUUAGUGGACUGGACAAUCCGUCUAAUUGUGAUUAAUCUCAAGAUUUCAGGGACGUCCAGCUAUCAGGAUAGCGUGGAAUUUGCAAUGGGAAAAAAGGGUAAGCUAUUAAUCCUGCUAACAAACGGAUUGUUUGCAUUUGGUGGUUGCAUUGGGUUCUGCAUCAUCAUAGGAGACACAAUACCGCACGUUUUGAGAGCCUUCUUCCCAUCACACCAAGCCCUGUUCCAUCGAAACGUCAUAAUCUUUUGUGUGACCACCUUCAUCUCAUUCCCUCUAUCGCUAAAUCGAGAUAUUUCAAAACUAUCUAGAACUUCAAUGCUGGCAUUGUUGAGCAUGGUUGUGAUUGUUAUAAUCGUUGUGAUAAAAGGAUUUUCAGUCGAUUCUGUCUACAGGGGAAAGCCGGAUACCAAAGAGUUAUUUUUCACACCCCGAGUGUUCCAAGGCAUCUCCGUGAUUUCCUUUGCCCUUGUUUGUCAUCAUAACACAAGCUUCAUUUUUUUUUCUUUAAAGAAUCCCAGCAUGAAACGGUUUGACAGAUUAACCCACUUAAGCUGCCUUGUGGCUAUGACUUUUUGCCUAAUUAUGGGGUACUCCGGGUUUUUGAUCUUUCGAGACAAAACCAAGGGCAAUAUUUUGAAUAACUUUCCAGGAAGUGAUAAUUUGGUGAACGUGGCAAGGUUUUGUUUCGGUUUUAACAUGCUAACGACGUUUCCAUUAGAGAUCUUUGUGUUACGAGAUGUUGUGCGAGAUCUGAUUUUUUUCAACGCUAAGAAGGAUGAGGGCUUUCCAACCGUGCUGAGCUUGAAACUCCAUGUUUUGAUCACAACGGUCACGGUUUUUGUUACUAUGGCCAUUUCUUUGACCACAUGUAAUCUUGGUGCACUUUUUGAGCUCAUCGGUGCAACGACAGCUUCUUUGAUGGCGUAUAUACUACCACCUUGGGUGAAUUUGAUACUCACCGGCUCUCAAAGAUCCACUCGUGAAAGACUUCCACACUACAUGUGCAUUGCUCUUGGAUUUGCCAUUAUGAUUAUUAGCAGUACCCAGACCAUUAUAACAUCCAUAAAUGGUGGAGAUCAAAAGCACUGCGAGGUAUAA